CAGAUCUUAACCCUAUUGAGAAUCUCUGGGAAGAAGUAGACCGUCGUAUUCGUACCCAAAUAUUUCCAAAUAAACAAUCCUUAAUAAAUAAAAUUAGUGAAGUUUGGAAAAGUGUUCCCGAAAAUGUCAUUCAGAAGUUGAUUGCUUCAAUGCCACGUCGUUCGUCAGCAAGUAAUUAAUAAUAAUGGAUAUUCUAUCCAUUACUAAUGUAUUACUUUCAAUUGUUUUUGUUGUUAAAUGUGUUAAAUAUUUUUUGUUGAACUAAAGUAAAAUAAAAUACUGUUAAAUACAAUUUGUUGAUCUAAUUUUGUCGCCCCCAUUCUUAUCAAUUUUUAUAAUCAUUAAUAUUUACCGUUCUUAAAAUGAUUAAAAGUACACCAAAAUGUUAUCCAAUAUUACUUUCACGUACACCAAAUAUUACUUUCAGUGUAAGGAUAGUGUGACAUUAAGCUUAGCGAAAAAUCACAACCCAAAUUUUUUUUUAAUUCAAACAUGAAUAAAAUUGAACUUUGUUGCUCUACUUUUGUCCGAUAGUGUAUAUACUCGUAUAUUGUGGUAAACGUAGCGACACUUAAGAGUACUUGACUGAUGAAGAGAAGAAGCUGGCUAUUCCUACGUUGUUCGCCUUUGUAAACCAAUCUUUGAGACCAACAGGAAUGUCACCGGCGACAACUGGUACGGUUCAAUUGAACUAGUGGAUAUUUUAUUAAAGAACAAACUCAAGUACGUUGGUAUACUAAAAAAAAUAAGCGUGAAGUACCUCCUAAAUUCCAGAACAAGAAAAGUAGGGUCAUGUCUCUAUAGCUUUACCAAAUCAACAACUUUAUUAUCGAUCGUACCGAAGAAGGGCAAAGCUGUUGUCCUCCUUUCAUCCAUGCACCACACUAAAAACGUUAACCCAAAUACAGGAUUGCAGGAAAUAAAUAAAUCUUAUAACAACACGAAGGUGUGGAUGCCGUGGACGAAAAAUGUUCCAAGUAUUCGUGUAGCAGACGUACAAGACGAUGGCUAAUGGCGAUAUUCUAUAAAAUUAUCGAUAUGAGUGGAUUGAAUGCAUAUAUAAUUCAGCAAUCUCUUAAAAACAGGCAGGUGUUAUAAAGACUUUAAUUUCUAAAACUCCUGGCUAAACAACUAUAUGUUCCUCUUCUUAAUAAAAGAGCCGCCAAUCCUCGUCUACCAAGCCAUUUAAGAGAGAGUAUCAAAAAAGUACUAGGAAUUGCAGCUGAACCACAGAACGACGAAGAGCCAGAAGUUUUACCUAGAAACGAUAUAGAUUAGAUUACGGAGAAAGACUUCUUAUUUAUGCACAAAAUGCAAAAAACCAAUCUGCCUGCAAUGUUGUAGGAAAAUAUGCCAAAACUGCCUCGUUGAUGUCGAUGAAAGUGGAUAAAUGAAAAAAAAAUCACGGUAAAUAAUCUUUGCAGAUUUUUGUAUAAAUAUUUUUUGAAUAACCAAGUAUUUUUUUGCAGGUAUAUACUACAAAGAAAAAGCUACAGUAGCUGGUUACCUAAUAUUUUCAUGGCGUAAGGUUGCCUACGCAUUUAGAAAAAGAUGUUGUUUUUCUAUUCCUUUUUUUUAAUAGAAUACCCUUUUUGUUUUACGUUAAAAUAAAGUUGAUUUUCUUCGUAAGUUUUCUUUAUGGAAUUUCUUUUUCCUUUUUACCCUAAAAUAACAAAAAAUAUAAAAGGGUGUUUCUAACCGUCGUAAUCUGUUGUCAAAAAAUUGCCCAGGGAGAAAUUGUUGGGAGUACCAGGGACCCCACAAAGUGGUUUGUGUCCCAAAAUGUCACCACGUCAGUUAAGGGUUAAUAGUUAUCCUAGUGCGACCCAUAAAUACCGAUGUAUAACAGCUGAGUUUAAUUCAUCAUUAGCGGCCUUUACACCGAAAGUUUUAACUGUGCGAUUUUCGAAAUGCACGAUCAAUCGCACGCAUAAGUGUUUCUGUGUAAAGGGCCCCAUAGACUUCGUUCAAUUCGCGCGAAUCGGCCCGUACGUACAAAAUCGCGCAAACUAGGCUGGAACAGUUUAAAGCUCACACACACUACGAACAAUUAGCACGGUUCAGUCAGUGGAAUUAAAACGCGCGAAUAAUGAUAUCUCGAAAGUGUGUCCUAGCAGUGGCGGCAGUACUGGCAGUAAAAAAAAAGAAGAAAAAUCGUACAAAGUGGUGCAAGAAUUGGCUUUUAAAAAGGAAGACCUUUUCUCAUAUCAAUCUAUUAAACGAGUUAUUAUUAGAACCUGGAGAUUGGCAUAACUAUUUGCGUAUGGACGAGGCAACCUAUUUGGAACUGUUGCAACUUGUAACGCCUUUAAUAGCCAAACAAAAUACACAUUUAAGGGAAGCAAUAAGUCCUCACGAAAAGCUUACAGCUACUUUGCGAUUUAUCGCUACUGGUAGAAGUUAUGAAGAUCUAAAGUUCUCAGUUAUAAUUUCGCCUCAAUCACUGGGACAAAUUAUUCCGGAGACUUGUGCAGCAAUAUAUUCAGUACUAAAAAAGGACUAUUUCAGGUUUCCGUCAAAUGAAAGAGAAUGGACAUCAAUAGCAAGGCAAUUUGAGACUAGAUGGAAUUUUCCGAACUGCUUAGGAGCUGUCGAUGGAAAGCAUGUGCAGAUCACGGCACCACAAGACAGCGGAUCGUAUUUUUAUAAUUAUAAGGGUUUCCAUAGCCUGGUGCUGUUAGCAAUUGCUAAUGCGAAUUACGAGUUUAUUUUUGUUGAUUUUGGCACCAAUAGAAGACUUUCUGACGGCGGAGUUAUUGAGAACACAGUUUUUUAUCAAAAGCUAAUUGAAAACACCUUGAAAAUUCCACCGCCUUCGAGCCCCACAAAUUCUGAAAUGAAACUACCUUUUGUGUUUGUUGCAGAUGAAGCCUUUACCUUGAGACCAGAUUUUAUGAAACCCUAUGCUCAACGAGAAUUAACGCCACAUCGCAGAGUGUUUAAUUAUAGAUUAUCCAGGUCUCGAAGAAUAAUCGAAAAUGUCUUCGGUUUUAUGGCUGCACGUUUUCAAAUUUUUCACAAAGCAAUUAAUGUUAAAUUGGAAAACAUAGAGAAGAUUGUAAUGGCAUGUUGUAUUUUACAGCAUGUAGAUGAUAUUGAGAAUGGUACAACCCAGUUGGGCCUAAGACCAGGGCCAAAUACCUUAACAGACCUUCAAAAAAGUUUUUCGCGUCAUGCAUCGGAAAAUGCAAAAGAUGUACGAGAGUCUUUCAUGCGUUACUUUAAUAAUGAAGGGGCUAUACAAUGGCAAAAUAAAUUUAUUUAGAUCUAAAAAUAAUGUUUACUAAACACUUAAGUAAUUUAAAAAAAUAUGCCAUUUAUAAUGUAUGUUUAAAAUAUAUUAUGUUCUAAUAAUUAUUAUAGAUAUUUUUUCUGUUUAUAUUUAAACAGAUUUUAUCUCCUUAUAAUAUUAAUAAUUA